AUGCGGAGGAUAGCUAUUCUAGUCAGCAUUCUGAUAGGGCUGGCAUUGUGUCAGAUGCCAUAUGGACCAUCUCAAUUAGAUUUAUACUUCCGCUUGUUGAGGAAUCAAAACCUUGGUGGUUUCGGUAACCUUGCAAAUGCAGAAAGCAGAAUACUCACUGCCGAAAGGCAACAAUUCCUUUCUGGUUUACCACCACUUCCAAUGACUCACGAUGAAGUUAUCCGAGUGCUCACAACUGAAUCUCCAACUUCCACCAUCAAACCAACUGCUCGACCAACUACUCCACCUCCACCAGUCGCUGACCCUUUCGCAGUUAACAACACUCCAGAAGGUCCGCCUGUUCCAGAAGAAAGAAUUGGAGGAACCUAUGACGAGGAUGGGAAUUUCGUGUCAGCUACCAAUUUGGUGACAGAAAGAAAACGUAAUUUGGCUAGAGGAGCUCGUAACUACCAACUCAGUGACACUGCCACAACUAGACAGUAUGGAUAUGUUGCUCAAUUCCAUCAACCAGUUCACCAUCCACAAAAUCGUGUUAUCAGACAACAUACUACACCACGUCCAUUCACUUUCCCACCACUUGUGUUCAGAGCCAAACCACAGCCAACAAAUCGAGACACAUAUCUGAAUAACUUGUUGUUGGAAAUUGAAGAAUACGAUGAUUUCUUGGACCAAGUGAACCAAUACAAAACCCGCUACCCCGGUGCACAAGUUCCAAACCCAUACCGUUCACUACCAGAAGGAAAACUCCCUGCUCUUGCACAGUACAAAAAGAAAAAGUAG